AUGAGCAAGCUGCUAGUGAUUGUUGUGGACAUUUUUCGGAAAGCUUCGAGACGCUUCCGAGAAGAUGGUCAACAAGAAAAUCCCUCCACCUCGACCAACACUCCAUCCACAUCCAAUCCCAUCACCACCCCUGAACAUCCCAUAUUCUCGUCUUAUCAGUUCUUCCAAGUUGACGAGUCACCCUUUAAUGAAGAGGAAGCUACUCCAUGGGAUGUUCAGGAGGUUCUCCAGAAGAAUAAGCCAGCCGGUGAGGAUUCAGAAGAAGGCCAACGUCGUCUGGGACCACCCAGCUACAUCCAGGGAAGCAGAUCGUCCGGAGAUUCCACAUCGAACUUCUCGAUGUGGUUCCAUAGAAUCGAACCAAAGGACCGGUUCCAAUGGAGUGGAAGGCUGGAAUAUACCGAUGAUUUGAUGGAUUACGAAUUUGAAAAAAUUGAGAAGGAAUGGACUGAGAAGAAGGAGUAUGCCAUGAGAAGAGCUGAAAAUCUGGCCCAACUCGAAGCCAAACGCGAGAAGAAGAUAAAAGAGACGCUCACCAGGCAGCUGAAAUCUAUGAAAAUCCACUAA